CUCACAUCAGUAAGUGAGUCACGUACCAGCGGAACAGCCCUCCUUCAAUGCGAACUUGCCAGACCUAUUGGAGAAAACCCCCAAGGCAGGAUCUGUCACUGUUUCACUCAUUGGCUGAAAGACGAUCAGAAACAUGUUAAAUGCACCAAGAUAUAAACUGGAGUCGGUGUAGGGCGUAUUGAGGAUUCUAGAGGUAACCAGAUCUCAAUGCCAAGACGAGCUGUUUUCAACUGUUGACGUGACUGGAGAAUUGAACACAGAAAAAAAUAUAUAUAUAUUUUUGAGCAUAUCGGAAAAUCUACAACGUUGUGCACCUGAUUUCUUGGAUUUGUGUAACCUCUAAAGAGGCAGUGUUGAUGCUCUUACCCCGAAUCAAUGCAGGAUGCAAGAGCACAAGGUCCAACUGGACUGGAUUACCGGAUUACUGGACUGAUUAUAGGACAAUUAUCGGGCAAAAGUCCUUAUCGCUCUCCAGAUGUUCGUGAAUGAAAGGAUGUAAAACGUGGUCCCGAAGGAGCAUAUUUAUUGGUGCAUCUGCUAUAGGAUACUUUAUGGGUUAGUUCAUGUAGCCUACAUGUUCAUAACCUAUAUGCAACAGUGUGUAGCCUAGCUCUCACAUGAGAAAAAAAAAGUAUACUGUGUACUGUAGAUGGUAGCCGGCUACGCUGGAAAAUGUGUAGUUAAAUGAAUGAAUAUCUCCGUAUUUUUCUGUAAACUAGGUGUAGAUGCCGCAUGGGCUUUGCGCAUUUGUACUGCCUAACCUUCAGCAUAGAGUGUUGAACAAACGGUUGUAACCUUGUAGCAACAAGGGAAAUCAUGAACGCUUUAAAAUCACUAAAUAUAUUAUAUUCAUCGCACAAGUGAAUCACGUCUGCCACAUGUUCAAUUGUGUAUUGCUUUAGGCGAAUGCGUGAUAUGUCUUUGGGCGUUCAUCUUUGUUUACAGAAAGAGUUCAUCAUAGCUGUUUAUGGCAUGUGAAGGAGGUUAGAAUAACCGCUUAAAAGAGGGAAAAGGCUGGCUCAUAAAUCGAUUAAAUAUCCUCUGUCGUCUUGGAUACAAAACUACCUGUCUCUUGUGAUUUUAGUCGUAGUGUGGCACCUGGACAAAUCAACAGGUUGGAAGUUAAAAGGGACAUUUUUUAAGCACGCGCAUCCUACACAGUAAAGGGAUAUGCGUCUUCCUGUUCUAUUUUUCCUUCUCUUCUGGGCUAAAGCCCGGACACUGAAAAAUCUCAAUUAUUCUGUUCCGGAGGAGCAGGGACCUGGAACUGUUAUCGGAAACAUUGCUAAGGAUGCCGGAUUUGGACCCGUGGAGAAAGGAAAAAAAUCGAACUUUCGAGUUCUGGAGAAUUCUGCUCCACAUCUCAUUGAUGUGGAUUCGGAGAGUGGGCUGCUUUUUACCAAACAGCGGAUUGACAGGGAGACAUUGUGCAAACGCAACCCCAAGUGUCAGCUCUCCAUGGAAGUGUUUGCCAACGACAAGGAAAUAUGCAUGAUCAAGAUUGAUGUAGUGGAUAUAAACGACAACUCCCCCAGUUUCCCCUCAGAUCACAUCAAUAUUGAUAUUUCAGAGAAUGCAGCUGCUGGGACACGGUUCCCUUUAACAAUUGCACACGACUCAGAUUCUGGACAAAACGGAAUAAAGACUUAUCAGGUCACCAGAGAUGAUUACAAUACAUUUUCUUUGGACUUGAAAUUGAGGGGUGAUGGAACCAUCUAUCCUGAAUUGGUGGUUCAGCGCCCUCUAGAUAGGGAAGAUCAGUCUCAUCACACCCUCCUUUUGACAGCCAUUGAUGGAGGCGAGUAUCCAAGAUCAGGGUCCAUGCAAAUCAAUGUGAGAGUUACUGAUUCAAAUGAUAAUAGCCCGGUAUUUGACAAACCCGGCUACAUGCUGGAGCUUCCUGAAAACUCACCGCCUGGAAGAAUGCUGAUAGAUGUGAAUGCAACUGACCAAGAUGAGGGCAGCAAUGGACAGAUAGUCUAUUCUUUCAGUGGAUAUGCAUCCGAUAGAGUCCAGGAGUUGUUUUCUAUUGAUCCCAAAACAGGUGUCAUUAAGAUUCAGGGAGAAAUUGACUAUGAGGAUAAUCCAACCAUUGAAUUUGACGUGCAGGCCAUGGACCUGGGGCCUAACCCCAUCCCUGGCCAUUGUAAGAUUUCAGUCAAAGUGCUUGACAAGAAUGAUAACUGGCCCGUUAUAAGUUUUGUCUCCGUCCGCCAGGGAGCUAUCAGUGAGGCAGCGCCUCCAGAAUCUGUCAUCGCCCUGGUGAGAGUCACUGAUAAGGAUUCUGGGAGGAAUGGCCAGCUCCAGUGCAGGGUGCUUGGCAAUGUACCAUUCAGGCUGCAGGAAAACAAUGAUAAUUUUUACACUCUGCUCACAGACAGACCUCUAGACAGGGAACUGAAAGACGAAUAUAAUGUGACCAUAGUGGCCAGAGACAACGGAAUACCUUCGUUGAAUUACACCAAAUCAUUUACAGUGAAAAUCUUAGAUGAGAAUGAUAACGCACCACGUUUCACCAAGACAGUGUACGUGCUCCAGGUGCCUGAGAACAAUAUCCCAGGGGAGUACUUAGGCUCAGUUCUGGCUCAUGAUCCAGAUAUAGGUCAGAAUGGAACUGUGUCUUACUCCAUUUUACCGUCGCACAUCGGAGACGUGUCAGUUUACACCUACGUGUCUGUCAAUCCUACCAACGGAGCCAUAUACGCAUCAAGGUCUUUCAACUACGAACAAACUAAGUUCUUUGAGUUCAAAGUUCAAGCUAAAGACGCAGGGUCUCCUCAUAUGGAGGGCAGUGCCACCGUCAGGGUCAGUGUGCUUGACGUCAAUGACAAUCUACCAGUUAUUGUAUUACCCCUCCUGCUAAAUGAUACUGCGGAAAUCAUGGUACCUAGAAAUGUAGGCCUGGGGUACAUAGUGACCACAGUGAGAGCAGUCGAUCAGGACCACGGGGAGAGCGGUCGUCUGACCUACGAGAUCUGGGAGGGUAACGAGGAGCACCUGUUUGAGAUGGACCCUGUGGCCGGCGAGGUGAGGACUGCCCAUGCUGUGUGGGAGGACGUGGCCCCAGCUGUGGAGCUGGUAGUGAAGGUAACCGAUCACGGCAAGCCCCCGCUGUCUGCCGUGGCUAAGCUGAUUAUUAAGGCCAACACAGGAGCCAUGACAGCAGGGGAGUCCAGCGCCAGCGGGGAGCAGCAGCACUGGGACAUGUCCCUGCCCCUCAUCAUCACCCUCUGCAUCAUCUCCCUCAUGCUCCUGGCUGUCAUGACUACCAUCGCCGUUAAGUCCAAGCAUCAAGAUAAGGAGGCUGAGAAUUAUAACUGCCGUAUGGCCGAGUACUCCAACUCCAAUCCCCCGGUUGGAAACGGCAAGAAGAAGAGGAUCAACAAGAGCGACAUCAUGCUGGUGCAGAGCGAGGUGGAGGAGAGGGACUCUGUGAGCAGGAUGAACGUGGUGAGCAGCCCGUCUCUCAUCACCUCGCCUAUCUGUUUCGACUACCAGGCGACCAGCCCACUGCCUCUCACGCUGCCCAGGUCAGAGGUCAUGUACCUGAAAACCACUUUCAACAGCCUGACGGUACCUCGGGCUGGCUGUCACUCAAGCUUUGCAGGGCUUACCACAGAGACUCCUAUGAAUAGAAUGUCAGUGAUACAGACGGAUAAUUUUCCUUCGGAGCCGAAUAACAUGGCCAACAGGCAACCAUUUGCUCAAAGCAGCUCAACUUUUAAGGAUGCAGAGCGAGCGAGCCUCCGAGACAGUGGCCAUGGUGAUAGUGACCAGGCUGAUAGUGACCUGGAUACUAAUAAAGGCUGUGCCUGCAACACGUCUGCCAGGGAGGCCCUCAAGAUGAAAGCCACAGCAGUUAAUGGCCAGCCUCUUGACCAGGGACAAGGCAGAUCUGUUCACUGCACAGAUGAAUGUCGUGCACUGGGCCAUUCUGACAGAUGCUGGAUGCCAAAGUUACGGGUAGGAGGCCAAGCAGACAGCGGCGAUAAUCGCACCGACCUUUUCAUCCCAGUGGGAAUGGAGGCCACGACGGAGACAGAGAUUUAUGGCAGCCUCAACCGCAGCGCAGCCAGAAAAACCCUCAGCACGUUCGGCAAGGAGCAGCGGGACAGCACCAUCCUAGUGGCCAACAUCAAACCCUACUUCAAGUCUCAGCGUGCCCGCAGUCCCCAGUUGCAGGAGUGCUCCUCUGCGUCCAACAGCCCCACCAAAGGGAACACACCCCUGGACUCCCACACCAAAGGGCCUAGGGAGGAGGUGGGGAGGGACGGGGAGGGGGGCUCAGACAGCAGUGCCUAUGGACCCCCAGACGGCCAAUGUUCACCGCCCCAUACGGAAUUGGAGGAGCCGUCAUACAUGGCUUGCGACCUCAGGCCCAAGUCCCUGUCAAACAGCCUUAUCCACAGCUCUGAGAUCAGAUCUGGGAUCAUCAGCCAGGAGUGUGGGGGGAUGGAGUGUGUCAGUCCAAACCAGCGGGACUCUGGGGACUGAAAGGUCAGGGUCUGGGCCUUGCUCUCAUCUGGGUGCCGUGUGAUGAGGUCACAGAUGAAUGACGGAAGGGUAAUUUAUGUUCACCCAGGAAGGUUCCAGACAUUGUACUGUAUAACCAAAAACCAUCAGACAUUAGCUCUGUCUUUUUUUUAAUUCUGUGGUUUGUUGUUAAAAGUAAAGAAAAACAUGUAUGUCCAUGGUUCUGACUGCUGUGAGCAGAAGGGGAAGAAAAUCAUUGCUUUCAUGCUAUUAUGUGUUUUCAUGCUAUACUGUUCAAUUUAGAUGUCCGUGUUUUACACAAUUCAAGCUCCAAUUUUGUGAGGUUGUUGAACGAAUUGCUGCUGUGAAGGUAUUGAGUCCUGUCUGCUUUUGUUAAGUGAUAUGCUUUUGUCUUCACUUACUGUAGUGUAUGAAAAACACCCGCUUGGAUUUAUGAUUUAAGUGAAAUACAACGUGAAGUGUCUUAUGAACGUUUAAAUGCGACUCUGCUCUGGUAAACCAGGGAAUGUCCCUUUUCAUAAAAACCAUUUGAGGUUGCUGAUAAAUCAAGCCGUUUUUUACAAAUGUAUUUGUAAUUUUAUCGUCGGUUUAUGUGCAAAAAAAAGCUGAGCUUUCAAGUGAAUAUGAGCUACUGUACUUGUGUAUUGUAUUAAAUUUGUAUACACACGUGCUACAGCGGAA